AUGCCUCUUCUAGGCGGAGGGCCCUCGUCAGCUGCUGCAGUAUUGCUGCAGCACCUUCCUCACCCAGCACUGCAGCAGCAGCAGCAGCAGCAGCAGCAGCAGCAGCAGCAGCAGCAGCAGCAGAAGCAGAUGCAGGGACAGAAAAGUAGAUAUGAGAGAAGCAGCCGCUUAUUGCAGCAGCAGCAGCACGAUGGAAGCAUAUUAAAGGCAGCAACAACAACAGCAGCAGCAACAGCAGCUGCAAAUACAGCAGCAGCAGCAGCAGCAGCAACACCAACAGCCGCAGCAACAGCAGCAGCGCCAGCACAAGCUGCAGCAACAGUAGCAACGGCAACAAGAGUAGCAAAAGCAGCAGCAGCAGCAGCAGCAACAGCAACAGCAGCAGCAGCAGCAGCAACCACAGUGUACCUGUACUUGCUGCACAGCAACAGCAGCAGCAGCAGCAGCAACCACAGUGUACCUGUACUUGCUGCAGCAGAAUCUUCUCCCUCAUCUGCUGCUGCUGUGUCUCCUUUGUCUUGCGCGUGGAGACAGCAGCAGACUGCAGCAGAGUCCUCAUUGUCUUCUGCAGCAGCAAACACAGCAGCAGCAGCAGCAGCAGCAGCAGUUGCAGCAGCAGCAACAGCAGCAGCAGCAGUAGUACUUGCAGCAACAGCAGCAGCAGCAGCAAAACCAACAGCAAUAGUAGCAGUAGCAACAGCAGCAGCAGCAAGAGCAGCAGCAGGAAGAGCAGCAGGAGCGACAGCAGCAGCAGCAAGAGCAGCCGCAACAGCAGCAGCAGCAGCAGCAGCAGCAGCAGCAGCAGCAGCAGCAGCAGCAUGUUUUGUGACCUUUAUUUUUGCAACUUCUUUUGCGUUUUCUUCCAAUCGACGAGAAGUAGCAGCAGAGGCCUCAGCAAGAGCAGCUUGCUGCCGCAGCAGCUGCAGCAAACACCCAGCAGCAGCAGCAGCAGCAGCAGCAGCAGUUGCAGCAGCAGCAGCAGUUGCAGCAGCAGCAGCAGCAGUUGCAGCAGCAGUUGCAGCAGCUGCUGCAGUAGCAGCAGCAGUAGUAGCAUGCCAAAGCAGAAGUGCAUCACCAGCAACAGCAACAGCAACAGAAACAGCAGAAUCAGCAGCAGCAGCAGCAGCAGCAGCAGCAGCAGCAGCAACAGCAGCAACAGAAGCAGCAGCUUCGUUUGUGAGUGUAAACAUGUUGCAUCACCAGCAACAGCAACAGCAACAGAAACAGCAGAAUCAGCAGCAGCUGCAGCAGCAGCAGCAGCAGCAGCAGCAACAGCAGCAACAGAAGCAGCAACAGCAGUUACACAGGCAAAACCAGCCACCACAAGAAAACAGACAGCAGCAACAGCAGCAGCAGCAACAGCAGCAGCAGCAGCAACAGCAACAGCAAGAGUAG